AUGAGGGAAGAAUCAGGAACAGCCAGCAGAUUAGUGCCUGGCUCUGAGACUGGUGGAGCUGACAGGGCUUUGGAUUCUUUAACCACUUUACAUAUUACCAUGAGAGACCCAUUCAGUAGCAGAGACACAAGGAUUAUUAAUUGGUUAGUAACCAUGGGAACGCCUGAGAAUGGACAGCCUCUUGACCAUCACCACCCGCACGUCCUUUUCCUCAGGGCUGCUUUCUACCACCUCUGUAUUGAGAGUCAGGAUUUUUCCAGCCCAGGGGCAGAACGACAGGCGAGUGCCUUUUAAAAGUCCACCUUGUCAGUUGAAUUGGUUCACAAGAUGGAUCACUAACAGUUUCAAAGUCUCUUAAAGAACAGGUGCAUGACUAUUGUGAGAGAUCCUGAGAAUAGAUAUGGCUUUGCUAUCCAUGAAGAGAAACCCAGUAUUUUCCUUAAGUUAAAUCCAUUUGCUCCUCCAGUAGAACUGAAUUAUCUUUUAUUCCCACACCAAGCUAAUGUGCCUUUAGCAGAUCCCUGCUAAGGUUCUGUGAGUGCAAGAGCAGAUGCUGACCUGCAGCCCUGUGCUGGAAUAACAACUGAAUCCUGCACUGAUGUAAAACCUUACCAGCAGGCUCAGCACAAGAGAGGCCAGCCUGGCCAAAGGAGGCAGAUGAUCUUUGUGGAGGAAAUUGGUCACAAUGGAAAAUGGAACCCCAGGGCUGUGUCAGCUGCUGCUGUCGGGGAAGAACUCAGAGCAAAGGGAAUUUAUGAAGAAGUUCUCUGGUUGCUACCUUCCAAAACCUUGCCUCCAGAAUUAGUGGAAGUGGUGGCUGCUCCUGUUUUCCAGUGUCUUACAAAAAAGUGAUAUAAUCCUUACAGUAGCUGUGUUGAUGCAGUAAAUUUUGAAGACAUUGACAGUGGUGCUGGAGACUUAAUCCCACUUAACUGUGUAUAAACUUUAAAGCCUUGUUACACUGCAUACACUCCAAAUAUGCCUGGAUACGCUGGCAAGGUUCAUUGGUCAGCAACUCACCCAGCAAAUUCUAAUCUUCCAUCAACAACCUCAACAAUAAUUGCACGAAUGCAUGGGAAGGUAUGAGCAAAAUGUUGAAGCUCAUCUCAGUAUAAUCACCAGGGACAUUUUUCUCAAGUGGUGACUCCAGUUAAUCCUCAGAAUUCUUUCCACAACACAGAACAAGAAACUAUUACAGUUUAG